CGAACGGGACAAGUGCAACAAACAGAGGAAAAGAAAAACCACAAACGCGGCCAUACCGAUCCAAAAUAUUAUGACGAUAGAAUCUGGAGGGGGAAAAAAAGACACACAAAUUACUCAUCCGCUCGAACACACGCGGAAACUGCUUGGAAAAAGUAGCCGACUUGUUGUUGAAAUUUGAAUGCGACACUUACACUUGUUAAACUUUAACGUCUUUUCGUCGACGAUCACCGGUUCCACGUAAUCGUAGUAAUAUUCAUAUUUCCACUCAUAAUCCGAUGAGUUUGUCAUGGUGACCGCUGUGCGUAUACGUGUGUGCGUACGACACAGAUUGCACAAGAGGAACAGAAAACGCGGUACCUCCACCACAUUUACCGAGUCCAGUGGGGGGGUCAGUAUUUCAAAGAUCUUCACUGCAUAAUGUAGAACUAGAGAAGUACGUUUCGAUUGCAGAUGAACACAGCGUCUUCCUCUGACAACUUUGCUCAAGUUUAGGAAAGUCCACAUUUAUAGUUUUAACAAAAUUAUGUUCGCGCCAUAGCCCAUACGUAGCCUAGUAGGUCGUAUUUGCAUGGUAUUUACUGUUAAGACCCGUACGUAGGCUUAUUUGUCUCCAUAUUUUAGUUUAGUAUCUUGCGAGCAUUCAAUGAAUUGUGAUUUUCAGUGCAAAAGACCCGAAGAGAAUAUUUGUAAAUAAAUUACUCAUUAAAUAUUUUCUUUGCACUGAAAAUCACCAUAUGCGUCCGUAGUGUAAAUUCCCUGUUAUUGGUGCCUGUAGAGCGCAGAUCUUUCAUUAUUUUCCUUUAAAUUUAUUAUUAUUUUAUUUUAUUUCAUUUCUGUCGGCUAGCUUAUUUGAACCUCUGGCAGGGCACACGCGCCUUGCAUCCAGAGCUCUGACGUAUUUCCGCUUUCGAAACCGCGCAACCUUUUGAAUGUUUUGUCGCAGCAGCCAUGGCGGGGCUUGGAAAGAUCAGUUUGGGAAACACGACGUACACGGUGGACACCGUGAUGAACGACGAGUCCAGCUUGUCUCAUUUCGGCUCCCACUGCAAAGUGAGCGGAGAGAGUGAGAGCGACGCGCCCGCAGUGUUCCAGUGCGGAACCUGCAGGCUGCCAGUUGGAGACUCGCUGUCCUGGGCCGGAAGUGAAGAGGAGCACAACCAGAUCCUGCUCUCGCGUACAACUGAUAAUGUUGUUGUGGGCACUGAACCGCUCUUCUCUCGGACACAGGUGGAACUAGGCUGCGUGAUUGUAAACCUUACUUGUCGGGGCUGUUCUACUCUGCUGGGUCAAGUUUACACAUCUACACCCAAGAGCCUUGACUACAAGCGCUCCCUGUUCUGCUUCAAUGUGGAAAGUAUUGACUGUUACGUCCUUGGCUCCUCUGAACAGACAAUGCUGUUGAAUGCCCAGGAAAAGCCUGUCACUUUGGAAUACAGAGAGGCUAUGGAAUUACAAAUGGAACAGAUCAAAACCCUGGCCGUAUCCAUGGGAAAAAGGCUUAUGGAGAUCGAAGCCCAACUUGAAGACAAGGAAAAGUGAUCUGAACAGCUCUUACAGUUCUGGUUGUCUUUUGAACUUCAAUUUAUUUAGCAAAAUUGGUAAGAUGGGGGUUUGUUUUACCCUGUAUCUUGUAAAUCUUUUCUGGGGAAGGAAAUGUUUCUUUUCCACACCAUAUAUAUAUUUAUAUAUCAGUGCUACAAAUUGUUGUUGUUUUUAUAUUUGUGUUACAUUUCUUAUUUGUGUGUAAUCUCUAGUCUUGUAGAAAUCAGAAAACUCUGCACCUUGUAAAGAAAUUGCAGUGAAGCAGACACAUGUUUUGUCUACAUUUUACUUGCUGUUGAACCUGCAGAACACCAGUAUUGAUGCUACCAUGGAGAUUUUCUGACUUCUGCAACAAGAUUGGAAAAGGCG